UGAAACUUUUCCCGUGGCCUUUUUAUGAAACGUAGUCAUUAUUCAGACAGCGUCUUCUUCAGCAGCGCCCGCAUUUCGGUGGGUUAGCCACGUAAACAUUCAGACCAUGGUCUGAGGUGGGCUGCUUGUGGAGUUGGUAGGGGCCGGGGCUCCAAUGCGGUGGUAUGGAAAACAGGCUCCUUCCACCAGGGAGUUCCUGGGGCCUCUGUUUGCCGGAGGCGCCUCUGCAUCCAGCCGGUGGAUGAGAGGGGACAGAGGACAGAAGGAUGAAACACAAGUGGCAGUGCGGGCAGAUUCCAGCGACCCUGCCUGGAAGUGGAAUUGACUACUACAACAAGAUCAUCGACAAUUUGUUAGCAAACCGGGUCACGCCCAUCGUGGUGCUCUACCACUUCGACUUGCCUCAGGCCUUAGAAGACCGAGGAGGUUGGUUGGCAGAGGCAACCACUGAAUCCUUUGAUGAAUAUGCCCGCUUUUGCUUCAGUACGUUUGGGGACUGCGUCAAGCAGUGGAUCACCAUCAAUGAGCCUAAUAUGUUUGUCCUCAUGGCAUACGAGUUAGGUACGUUUCCUCCCGGGGUGCCUCACCCAGGAACUGCAGGCUAUCAGGCAGCGCAUUCUUUGAUUAAGGCCCACGCGAGAGCCUGGCGCAGCUAUGACUCCUUAUUCCGCAAAGAGCAGAAGGGCACGGUGUCCCUCGCAUUGUUUGCUGGCUGGGUGGAACCAGCUGACGCCAACUCGGUGUCUGAUCAGGAAGCCGCUGAAAGAGCCUUGGCAUUCCACUUGGAUUUCUUUGCUAAACCCAUAUUUGUUGAUGGUAAUUAUCCAGAAGUUGUCAAGACCCAGGUUGCCUCCAUGAGCCAAAAGCAAGGCUACCCAUCAUCGAGGCUUCCACAGUUUACAGAAGAAGAGAAGAGGAUGAUCAAAGGCACGGUUGAUUUCUUUGCUGUGCAGUAUUAUUCCAGUCUCCUCGUCAAGCACCAGGAGAACCAUAAAGGAGAACUGGGUAUUCUUCAGGAUGCAGAGAUUGAAAUUUUUCCAGAUCCGUGUUGGAUAAGUUUGGAUUGGGUCUAUGUGGUACCAUGGGGAAUCUGUAGUACCAUAUUGAAAUACAUUAAGGAUACGUAUAAUAACCCUGUAAUUUACAUCACUGAGAAUGGGUUUCCCCAGGGUGACCCCGCGCCUCUUGAUGACACUCAGCGCUGGGAGUAUUUCAGACAGACGUUUCAGGAACUGUUCAAAGCUAUCCAGUUUGAUAAAGUGGAUCUUAAAAUGUACUGCGCAUGGUCCCUUCUGGAUAACUUUGAAUGGACCCAGGGGUACAGCAUGUGGUUUGGUCUCUUCCACGUUGAUUUUGAAGAUCUGGCGAGACACAGAGUCCCUUACACAUCAGCCAAGGAGUAUGCCAAGGUCAUUUGAAACAAUGGCUUAGAGUGACAUCCAUGGACACAACUGCUGGGCACGUCAGCUGGAGAAGAGGCCUCUGUGUUUGGAAAGGAAGUCCACUUUGGUGAUCCCGCCACCCACCUCGAGCUGCCUUUGUGAUCAACAGGUCCUCCCAGCCUGUCCGCAAUUGUGAAGUCUGAAUACGCAGUGCCUGGGGAGGUGUUUAAUGAUGGCCUCUCCUCCACGUGCACUGAGAUCAAUGAGGCUUUUAAAAAAACAGAAUGGAAAACCAGUGAAAUUGAUUUUUAUAUUAAGAAAUCAAAUAGACUUAGAAACUUCUAUUUAAAUUCUUUAAAUCGCUCCCGAAAAAGUAAUGCAAAAUUUAUUAUGAUUUGCAACUCUGACAACAGACCACUUAUUAUAAGAAUUCUUGUUUUUACAAGCCUAUUUUUUUUUCUGGUUACACAAGCUAUGAUUUUUUAUUAGAUUCAUAACUUUUCUAAUAGUUAAUCUAAUGUACAAAAUCAAAAUUGAA